UUUGGAGCAGCCCAGACUCUCGUUGUUCAACAGCAUUUCUCCGCCAGGAAUCGUCAAAAUACUUUUUAGGGAUUCAUUUAAGUACCAAUGUUGUGUAGAAAACAACUCCAGGUUACAUGGUGUUUUCGUUCGUCUUGUUACAGUUAGUUGAACAACUUUAGGAGACAGUUUUCGGAGGUGAGGAGACCUCAUUUCAUCGCGUAAGAAACAUUUUGGGAUAAAGAGCCUACGGACCCGCACGGGCUGCCCUCAGCCUGGUUGUCUCAGUUCAAAGGUGUGCGCUAGAAAGAAGUUAAUCGAGGAAACGCUAAAACACAUUUUCGUUACAUUGUUUCGGAUUUUUUUCUCCUCUCUUUGAUUAUUUGCGUUUUUUCAGAGUUGGGACACACAUUCUGUGUUUUCCUUCGCACAAGUUUUGCAAAAACAUGUGCGAUUGUUUUAACAAAACAACGAUAUCUUGGACUUAGUGAGGCUCGGUAGCGCACCACGCAUUUGAGUCUGGAUAUACUGUUUUGGGGAAGUUUUUCUGCAUCAAAUCUGAGCUCCGGAGUCUUAUCUGUCCAACACUGGCUGUUUCACAGCCCCCCGCCAGUAAGCUUAGCACUGUGAAUGACCCGCUGCUGAUGCCCCAACGGUCUGAAUGGAGUUGCAGUUGCAGAAAAGCCAACAAUUGUAGCUCCCUCAGCAGGAUGCUGAUGAGACCGAGUAUACUUCUGAGUCUGGUUUUACUCUCCCAAGUUUUACGGACGGAGUGCCGGCCUGCCAACACUGAUGAAGUCUCUGUGGAAACGCAAACGGAGCUGUUCACGCUCUAUCUCGGGGAUCGUCUGGAUCUGAGUUGCUCUGCCAAAGACAGUGUAGUCAACUGGACCAAAGAACAUGUGUCUGUGGUGGACGGAGAACACACACGCAUCCGCAACGGCCAGCUGGAGAUCGAGACUGUGGAGCUGACGGACUCUGGUCUGUACGCCUGCAUCACCUUCGGCAACCACAGCGUCUACUUCAACGUCACAGUUGAUACCCUGGCCUCAUCUGAGGAUGAUGAUGAAGAUGAAGAGUCUUCGUCUGAGGAAGCCAAACUGUUGGGCAGUCAGAAGCUUCUGCCAAUGGCUCCACAAUGGGCUCAUCCAGAGAAAAUGGAAAAAAAGCUUCACGCUGUCCCAGCCAGUAAGACGGUGAAGUUUCGGUGCCAGGCCAGCGGAAACCCAAAUCCCACCCUGAAAUGGUACAAGAAUGGCAGGGAGUUCAAGAGAGACCAUCGCAUCGGGGGCUUCAAGGUCCGGGAUCAUGUGUGGACCAUCAUCAUGGAAUCGGUAGUUCCCUCUGAUAAGGGAAACUACACCUGUGUGGUGGAGAACCAGUACGGCAGCAUCAAUCACACCUACCAGCUCGACGUAGUCGAGCGCUCUCCCCACAGGCCCAUCCUGCAGGCCGGCCUGCCCGCUGACCGCACCGCCGUGGUGGGCAGCGACGUGGAGUUUGAGUGCAAAGUGUUCAGCGACCCUCAGCCUCACAUCCAGUGGCUGAAGCACAUCGAGGUGAACGGGAGCAGAGUCGGUUCUGAUGGAUUACCAUAUGUCCGUGUGCUCAAGACCGCUGGCCUUAACACCACGGACAAGGAAAUGGAAAUCCUCCAACUGAGAAAUGUGUCUUUUGAUGACGCUGGGGAGUACACCUGCUUGGCGGGCAAUUCUAUCGGGUUCUCUCAUCACUCUGCAUGGUUGACCGUUUUUGAAGCUGUCCCACACUAUCCUCAAGCAAACCAUACCUACCUGGAGGUGGUCAUCUACUGUGUGGGCUUCUUCUUCAUCGCUGUCAUGAUUGCCAUCGCGAUCAUUGUCAAGAUCCGCACCUCCUCAAAGAAGAGCGACUUCAACAGUCAGCUGGCCGUCCACAAGCUGGCCAAAAGCAUCCCGCUGCGCAGACAGGUAACAGUGUCUGUGGACUCGAGCUCCUCCAUCCACUCUGGAGUGAUGCUGGUUCGUCCUUCCCGCCUCUCCUCCUGUGGAUCCCCCAUGCUGCCCGGAGUGUCAGAGUACGAGCUGCCCCAGGAUCCUCGCUGGGAGCUUCUACGGGAUAGACUUGUUCUUGGGAAGCCUCUAGGUGAAGGCUGCUUCGGUCAGGUGGUGAUGGGAGAGGCGCUCGGUCUGGACAAAGAAAAGCCAAACCGUCAGACCAAGGUUGCGGUCAAAAUGUUGAAAUCUGACGCCACAGAGAAAGACCUGUCGGACCUGAUUUCAGAGAUGGAGAUGAUGAAGAUCAUUGGGAAACACAAGAACAUCAUUAAUCUGCUGGGAGCCUGCACUCAGGAUGGUCCUCUGUAUGUGAUAGUAGAGUAUGCGUCCAAGGGCAACCUGCGGGAGUACUUGCGAGCUCGGCGCCCGCCAGGCAUGGAGUACUGCUACAACCCAGACCAGGUCCCUGUGGAGAACAUGGCCAUCAAAGACCUGGUGUCCUGUGCCUACCAAGUGGCCCGAGGCAUGGAGUAUCUGUCCUCUAAAAAGUGUAUCCACAGAGAUCUUGCAGCUCGCAAUGUUUUGGUAACAGAGGAUAGCGUGAUGAAAAUAGCUGACUUCGGCCUGGCAAGAGAUAUCCACCACAUUGAUUACUAUAAGAAGACCACCAAUGGUCGUUUACCAGUCAAGUGGAUGGCUCCCGAGGCUCUGUUUGACAGAAUAUACACAAACCAGAGUGAUGUCUGGUCAUUUGGGGUGCUGCUUUGGGAGAUCUUCACGCUGGGGGGUUCUCCAUACCCCGGGGUCCCAGUGGAGGAGCUGUUCAAGCUGCUGAAGGAUGGCCACCGUAUGGACCAGCCCUCAACAUGCACUCAUGAAAUGUAUAUGAUGAUGAGGGAUUGCUGGAAUGCCGUGCCUUCUCACAGACCAACAUUCAAACAGCUGGUGGAGGACCUGGAUCGCUGCUUGGCCAUGACUGCCAACCAGGAGUAUCUGGAGCUGUCUCCGCCUCUGGACCAAUAUUCCCCCAGCUACCCGGACACCCGCAGCUCCACCUGCUCCUCGGGCGAGGACUCAGUCUUCUCCCACGAUGCCGGUGCUGAGGAGCCCUGUCUGCCAAAGUUCCCUCCCCACCCGAACGGGGCAGCCAUUAAGAAACGCUGAUACCUCAAACCUCCAUUCAGACAAACAUUGACAUUUCCUCCACUCCCUGCCUCAUGGGGUUGGACUCUUCCCCACAUUUCCAGAGAGGAAGCUAAAAAAAACUCAGUGCUCUGUGAGAAAGGAGCUCGGAGAGAACUUGCCUAGUAGAACUUGUUGGAUCACACGGACUGAGGAGUGCAGCCGUUUUCCGGGUCUUGGUGGUGACGAUGUUUAUGGGGCACUUCGUAUUAACGGGACAGGCAGUUUGUCACAGUGCCAGAAAAAAAAAAAGAUAAGACUCACACUCUUCUCUCCACUUUGGGCAUUCGACGGGUCAGGUGAAUCGAAAGGACUGACUAUGAUUUCGAUUUUGUUCGUUUUAUUGUUUCUUUCUCCCCUCAAUGGUUGUUUCAUCAGUAGUAGAGGACAAUAUUCUGCUUUUCAGACCAAAUCGAGAGAAUAUACUACCAAGGGACAUGCAGCACCGUGGUCCCCUGCAUCAUUCAUUAUCUUCUUGUAAAUACAGUUAGAAAAUUAUAAAUAUGAAUAUAUAUUUACAUUGUACUCUUAUUUUUAUUACCAUCAUUGAUUUAUUUCUUUUGUACACGGUUUGAUCCAUUUUUUAAUAUAGUCUGUGGGGAAGUUGUUACAGGAGAAUAUCUUUAAAUUGCUGAGGAUUACAUGGCCAGUUGCUGUAUCACAGCGUUGAUUCCCCUAAAUUUACUGCAUAAUCAUCAAUGGAGAAAAUAUAUAUUGGGUUUUCUAUUUUUUAACUGUAAGUUCUUUUCAUAACACAAACCUGCAAUACAGUGUAACUCAGUGUUUGGGGUUUCUCUCCAUCAGAAGAGAUAGAUUUAUAAUGUGUGUGACUGUCUGUGUGUAUGCUGGAUGUGUGUGGAAAACUGUAUCUUGUCUCAUUCGAAAUUGUUCAUUAACUUCGAGGAUGGUCACAACUGUAAAUAUUCCUGGUUGUACGCCAUGCUUGUUAAAGUCCGAGUAAUUAGCUUCAGUCAACAUCAUGCACUUCCACUGUGCAUGCCUUCCAUGUGAUGAACUUAUUUUCUACUGUAGAUGCUUUAACAGGAGUUACAUUUGCUGCCAUAUAACUUCUGACGAAGGGUUGCAGAACACGUAUGUCAUCGUAAAAAGAUUACAUUAAAUAAAAAUGCUAUCGAAAAA